GACUUCCACAAAGUAGCACAGACACCGGAAUAGGGCUCAGGGAGGCUAAGUCUCAGUGUGAUAAGUUCAGCAAUACAAUCUCAAAGAAAACCAAAAGCUCCAAAAAGGAAUCCGAAACGACGAAAGCGCUGGGACAGAAUCAGAAGGACGAAAGAAUAGAGAGGACAAGAGGGGGAAGAGCCAAUGACCAGGGUAGAUAA